AUGGGAGCGGCGAGCAUCAAGGGUUUGGUUCUGAUGGAGACGGUGUUCCCGAGUCCCGACGGCUACACGGUGUUCGAUGAUCCCCAGAUGAAGAAGCAGCUGGUGAAGGAGCUCAAGAAGGGCACCAUCAAGCCCCCCACCGCCAGCGACGAACUAGACAUCGAUGAAGACCUUGAAACAAAAAUAGACCAGAUGGCGCGAGAGAUCUGGCAGUUCUACGAUCCCAAGAAUCUGGGCAGCAUCAACAAGAAGGCGGCCGAGAAGUUCCUGAAGGAUUGCUUCCAGCUCUACUCCCUUCGCAAGCGCUGCAAGGCCCCCAAGGAAGCUCUUGGCCCGGGCGUUGACAUGAGCAAGGCCACGGCCGCUGCCUACGCGAUGCUGGAUCCCUCCAACACGGGCAUGGUGUCCGAGAGGCAGUUCAUCGAGUUCAUCAACGAAUGCGAUCUCGACGAGAUCGUGGGCUCGUACACCGGCCAGACCGGCCCGAAGGACAUCAACUCGCGCCUGCCGCAGUCGAUGAUGUUCGAUCCCUCCACGCUGCCCAAGGACUCUGCCGUCAAGGUGGGCGAGAUCAAGUUCCGUGACUACAACCAGGGUGUGGAGGGCUAA